AUGACCUCCGACAGCCCCGCCACCAGCUACAAGAAGUACCUGGACGUGUCCAACGCGCCGCCCGUGUACACCUCCGCCGACGAGCUGAACGCGUACUUCGGCGAGUUCGGCGGCUGCUUCGUGGCCGAGACGCUCAUCCAGGCGCACCACAACCUCAUCGACGAGUACGUCAAGGCCACGCAGGACCCCAAGUUCCGCGAGGAGCUCGAGCACCUGGGCCGCGACUACAUCGGCCGCCCCACGCCGCUGUACCACGCCAAACGCCUGACGGCCCACGCCAAGGGCGCGCAGAUCUGGCUCAAGCGCGAGGACCUGGCGCACACGGGCGCGCACAAGAUCAACAACGCGCUGGGCCAGGCCGUGCUGGCCAAGCGUCUGGGCAAGACGCGCAUCAUCGCCGAGACCGGGGCCGGCCAGCACGGCGUGGCCACGGCCACGGCCUGUGCCCUGCUGGGGCUGGACUGCGUCGUCUACAUGGGCUACGUGGACACCCAGCGCCAGUCGCUCAACGUGUUCCGCAUGAAGAUGCUCGGCGCCAAGGUGAUCGCCGUCAAGAGCGGCUCGCAGACGCUCAAGGACGCGGUUAACGAGGCCAUCCGUGACUGGGUCACCAACGUGGACAACACGCACUACAUCAUCGGCUCGGCCAUCGGCCCGCACCCGUUCCCGACCAUUGUGCGCGACUUCCAGGCCAUCAUCGGCCGUGAGAUCAAGGCCCAGCUGCAGGAGGAGAUCGGCCGUCUGCCCGAUGCUAUCGUGGCCUGCGUGGGCGGUGGCAGCAACGCCAUCGGCAUGUUCCACCCCUUCGUGAAGGACAACGACGUGGCCAUCUACGGUGUUGAGGCUGGUGGCGACGGCGUGGACACGCCCCGCCACUCGUCCACGCUUCUGGGCGGCCGACCGGGUGUGCUACACGGCACGAAGACGUACAUCAUGCAGGACGACGCUGGUCAGGUGCUGGAGACUCACUCGGUGUCCGCUGGUCUGGACUACGCUGGCGUGGGCCCCGAACACGCGUUCCUGAAGGACUCGGGCCGUGCCAAGUACGUGAGUGUUACGGACAAGGAAGCGCUGGAGGCCUUCCAGCUCAUCUCGCUUCACGAGGGCAUAAUUCCGGCACUCGAGAGUUCCCACGCUGUGCACUACGGCGUGAAGCUCGCGUCCACAUUGGCGCCGGACCAGGUUGUAGUCAUUAACAUCAGUGGCCGCGGCGAUAAGGACAUGCUGCAGGUCGCCAACGUGCUCGGCGUGAACCUGAACGACGACCUUACCGACAACUAAGAUACUUCCGCAACACCUUGAGUAGCACGUGCAUUAGAAGGAGCUAAAUAUGAUCGCUCUUUGUCUGUUUU